UUUGCUUCCCUCUCUCUCUCUCUCUCUUUCUCCAAUGGAAAGUGGACUUCCCAUGCUUAACUGUCUCUUGCAGCACACACUAAGAAGCCUAUGCUCAUGUCCAGAUUCUUCCAAUUCUUCCAAGUGGGUCUACGCUGUUUUCUGGAGGAUCCUUCCCAGGAAUUACCCUCCGCCCAAGUGGGAAUAUGGAGGGACUGCUCUUGAUCGCUCCAAAGGAAACAAAAGGAACUGGAUUCUAGUGUGGGAAGAUGGCUUCUGUGAUUUCUUUGAAUGUGAACGAGCCGGGAGUGGUUACAUAAAGGGGAGGUUUGGAGCUGACAUCUUCUUCAAAAUGUCUCAUGAGGUGUACAAUUUUGGAGAAGGAUUGGUGGGGAAAGUUGCAGCAGAUAAUAGUCACAAAUGGGUGUUUAGAGACCCGCCAAGCGAUGGUGAUCCUAGCUUUGUCUCCUCCUGGAAUGUUUCCAUUGAGCCUCAACCAAGAGCAUGGGAUUUUCAGUUCAAUUCAGGCAUUCAGACAAUUGCCAUCAUUUCUGUUAGAGAAGGCAUAGUUCAACUGGGCUCAUUCGAUAAGGCUCUUCAGAUUGUGGAAGAUCUCAAUCUAGUGAUCAGCAUACAGAGGAAGUUCAGCUAUCUUCAAAGCAUUCCCGGGGUCUUCGCCAUUCAAAGACCAUACCUUCCUAUCCAACAUCCGUACGUGAUCAAACCCAGUACGCAGACGCUAGAAAGCCAUGAAACAACAUCUUUCUCAAUCUAUAACAAGCGACAAUUAACCGGAGUGAAGAAACUUUUCGACGACAAAACAGAGGAUUCUCCCAUAAAGUCGAUCAACUUGGGCUGUAACACUCCACAAAACGGCAUUGCAGGAGCACCCAUUUGGUCAAUUCCACCUCUUUUGCAAACUAUGCCUUGCAGCCUUGGAGCACUCCUAGCAAAGCUACCUUCUGUCCCUCCAUCUUAUAACCCCAUUGAAGCUCCCAACACUGCUCUGCUCGACGGCAACAUCGAUGGCUCGAAUCGGCGAGUUCAGGUCAACAAUGGCGGAAUUCAGAAUUCCAACAUGAAACUGGAGUACUCUUCCUGUCAUACAGAUGCAGCUCAAGAAGAAAAACCCAUAUCUUCCAUACAUCAUAAUCUAGAUCAAGGAAAUGGGUUAGUGAUGGAGUUGGGUUUAGACCUCCAAGGGAGGGUGAAGCUGCCUUAAAUCUUAAUUAAAAUUUGUCACGUGAAAAACACAUGUUUUUUUAAUUAGUCGUUUGAUUGUGCACCGCUCUACCUUGUUGUCGAUGAAGCAUUAGAUAUUAAUGUAAUUAAGUAAGAUUUCCUUCACGUCUAUAUUGCAACAAAACCAAGAUUGUGCCUGAAACCCCGACAGUAAUUAAAGGUCAUGGCAUUGGUCGUUUGGGAUUUAUUUGCCAAAGUAAUAAGAG